AUGCCGGCUCGCUCACUUGCGAGGCUCACGUGCCUCUCCAUAGCCAGCACGCCCGCCCACGCCGCACCGAGGCCUGCCUCCACGCAGCCCAGGUGCAGCCUCCUCAACGCCGUCGCCGCGCAGCCCACUCGCUGCCUCCAUGCCGUUGCCGCCACGCGCAGCACCUGUGAGGUAUCCUCACCGUCAUCUCGCUCGUGCACCACCACCAAGAGGCCUCCGACCAGAUGCAUGCACGGGGACGAUAGAUCGGGCUGGGAAGACACCGGAUCCGCCCGCAUCUGGGCUGGAUUCGCGCCGCCGGAACCCACCUCCGCCGCCCACACAGGUGCCCUAUGGGAGAGAGGGAGGGGGGAAGAACGCCCAGCCGCCACCAUCCUUGCCCUCCGCCGGACACCGGCAUCGAGCUCCGGCGGCGGCCAGGGGAGGCGCGAGGGAGGGAGCCGGCCGGCGGCGGAGAAAAGGCGCCGCCCGAGUCGCCCCUUGGAAGAGAGCGACGCGGGGGCCUGUUACUACAGCGUUGAAGAUACUGAUGGUUCUAGGCCUGGGCGUCUAUACCUUCCUCAUCUGAGAGACUAUCUUUUGACCCGGCCACAUGACCGGCCGUUUCCUCGCAGCUGCAAGCCAUGGUUGGUCGCCAGCAGUCCGCAGGGAUGGCAAAGCACCCUGCACCCGUGGACCCUUGGCCUAUACAAUUGCACCCUACAGUUCGUCCCCUUUUGCUACUUCUCGGAAGAAAUGGAACAUGCCACACAGUUUUGGGCACCUUCCCUGCUCCCAAGCCUGUCGCUUGCGGCGAAUUCCGGCGAGCAUACGCAAGCACGCAAUCAUCAUUCCACUAAACGCGGUCACUUUUGUCAUGCCGCCAUGCAUGGAUCAAUCCUGGAAAUAUUUUAG